AUGUCUGUGGUGAAAUUUCCCAUUUCGUCAGGAGAUUGUGCCAAGAACGAGCCCAGUGGAGCUUGUCCUCUGGGCGUCGUACCGACAGGUGAAUGGACCUGUACCUAUACCUAUCAGAAGGUCGGUGAACUGAGGAUCAGUGACAUUGAAAACAUCACCAGCUUAGAGGACCUCGUCGAAGGUGGAGGCAGAGAAUAUAGCCGGAAAAACGACAAAGGAAAGAAACUGCACUUCUGGGACAGCAUCCAUGAUCCGAAGGCGUGUCAGAAGCGUGUAGAGAAGGUGAAGAAGAUGUUUGCAGAGAAGUAUCCGGAUCAGCCGGUUCUGGACGACCCAGCUUGUGACUUCAAUGUGGGAAAGUUUUACCCGUACUUCCCGGCAGGGACCUUUGACAGGCCACAUGAAACAAAUGCCACGAAGAACAACAACGCCAACAUCAGCAAUGCGACCCGCUUGCUGGUGACUUGGGGGAACCAGUCGAGAUCGGCCGAAUCACCAAGCGUCAUUUAG